AUGACAGUAAUCGACAGUAUCAAAGCUGCAUUUGGCUCUUCCUCUACAACCGACUCCACUUCCACUUCCACAGCUACUCCAACUCCUCAUCCUGAAGGACACGCACCCGCUCAUCCCACUCAUAAAGAUGCCAACGCAGUUCCCGAGACCCCAGUCUUACCUGAUCAACCUGUAUUCGAUCCUAAAAAAGUAAAAGUCAUCUUCGUACUUGGUGGACCUGGUGCAGGUAAGGGUACUCAAUGCGAAAGACUCGUAGCAGAUUACGGGUUCAAACAUCUCUCAGCCGGUGAUCUACUCAGAGAGGAACGUAAUAGACCAGGAUCAACUUAUGGUGAACUCAUCACUGAAUACAUCAAAGAAGGUAAAAUCGUUCCUCAGGAAGUGACCAUCAAGUUACUCGAGAACGCAAUGUCAUCCACACUUGCCUCACCUCCUUCUAACGAAGUUUGGUCGAACGGUCAAGGUAGAUUCUUGAUUGAUGGAUUCCCAAGAAAGAUGGAUCAAGCUUUCAAAUUCGAUGCAUCAGUCGUUAAAUCCUCUUUCGUACUUUUCUUCGCUACUACAGAAGCUAUUCUCUUGGAAAGAUUACUUGAAAGAGGUAAAACCAGCGGAAGGGAUGAUGAUAAUAAAGAAAGUAUCGUUAAGAGAUUCCGAACUUUCGAAGAGACUUCCAUGCCCGUAGUUGACUACUAUCGAAAAUCAGGCAAAGUAGUCGAAAUCGAUUCAUCACCUGCCAUUGAUGUCGUCUACGAAAAAGUCAAAGUUGAAAUGGAUCAACGAUUGGGUAGCACCACUACUUUCACCUCGACAGAUGUGAACGCAACUUCUGACGUUGGCUCUAAUGCUCAACCUGCCGCCCAAGCUAACCAAGGAGCUUAUACACUUGCUCCUGCAGUCUAG